CAGACAGCUAGAGCCCCAUGCUGUUGUUGACUCAAGGUCUUUGUUGUUGCAGAUACAUGUUGCACAAUUCGGGCACAAUUUGUUGCUCUGCAGCCCGUUACAGCAGCUCCCUUUUGGCACGUCCAUCGGAAUCGCAAUGGCUCGCAAGAGGGCGCUCGUCGGCGAGUUCGUGGGCACCUUCCUUCUGAUGUUUACCGUCGGCUGCAACGUCCUCAGCGGCACGGCAGCGGCGGGCAGUUCGAUCGGUUUCUCCCUCAUGGUCGGCAUCUACGCCCUGGCAAAAAUUUCUGGAGCGAACUUCAACCCCGUUGUGUCUUUCACGCUGGGCCUCGUCGGCAAGUCGCCCUGGGCUGACGUCUUCCUCUACUCGUUGGUGCAGAUGUUGGCGGGCGCGCUGGCGGGCAUCCUCGCCCGCGCGAUCUUCAAGAGCUCGGAGUUUGCCCUCGCCGUCGGCGGAGGGCUUCGAGUGGUGGCAGGUGGGCGUGUGUGAGCUCGUGUGCACGUUCAUGCUCAUGCUCAUGCUCUGCUUUGUCGUUCUCAGUACGGCCUGCGCCGCGGCGAACGCGAGCCCUCAGUUCUACGGCCUCUCGAUCGGCCUCGUGAUCUUGGCGGGCGCGUUCGGCGCGGGCGCUGUCUCUGGGGGCUGCUUCAACCCCGCCGUGGCGUUCGGCGUCUACACGGGCGGCAACCACAGCCCCGGCAGCCUGAGCUAUUUCCCCGUGUACGCCGCUUUCGCGUUCGUGGGCGGUGCGCUGGCGGCAUUUCUGUUCAAGCAGGUGCGGCCCGAUGCGUUUGAAGAUGGGGAGAGCGGAGCCGAGAUGAAAGCCAAGGUGAUCUCGGAGGCGCUCGGGACCUAAAUGCUCGUGUUCACGGUCGGCCUCAACGUCCUGGCGGCGUCCCCCGCCGCGCCUUUCUCCAUCGCGGCUUCGCUCACGGUCAUGGUCUUCUCCCUUGGCGACGUGUCGGGGGCGCACUUUAACCAGGCUUUGUCUAUCUCGAUCUCGGCGAUCGGGAAGAUCAAGGCGAAGGAGGCCGCCGUCUACAUGGUUGUCCAGGUGUGCGCCGCACUCGUGGCAGGCUUUACUUACUCGAUCAUAUACGGAGAGAAGAGUUUCACCCUCGGCCCCAACGAUCCGUUCGGCCCUCCCGAGGUUGCAGUGGCCGAGGCCUUCUUCACGUUCGUUCUCUGUUUCGUCGUCAUCAGCGUCGCCUGCUCACCCAGUGCGGAGGGCAAGAACUACUCGCAGGCAAACGGGCUCGCCAUCGGGUCAUGCAUCGUCGUGGGGGGGUUCGCGAUCGGUAGCCUCUCGGGCGGCAGCUUGAACCCUGCCGUGUCCAUUGGGACUUUCGCGAUCUGUGGGUUCAAGUUCGGAGUGGCAGCAGCUCUCUACACCGUGCUCGAGCUGGCAGGCGCGGGCGCCGCCGCGCCCAUACACUCCCAGACGCACGAGGAUGUGGAGCUGUGCCUGCAGGCGGGAGAGUCCGACGAGGACGAGGAGGCGUCGGGCGUGGAGAAGUAGGAGUCUGUGCGGCCUCCUUGCCUCCUCCUCCUCCUCCUCCUCCUCCUCCUCCUCCUCCUCCUCCUCCUCCUCCUCCU